UCAAUAACAUAGGAAAUAAAAAGAUUAAAAAUAAAAACAGCUCCAAAUUAAGUAUUAGCAAUGGCACAUUGUUCUCUUUUUCCAAAAUCCUACUUCCUUCAUGUUGUUCUCAUUAUGUUUACCUUUCUUGUGGCUACAAGAUUGUAUGCAAGUGAGUCUCCUCUUACGCUCGAUUACUACGCAUCGACUUGUCCCACUGUGUUUGAUGUUAUAAGGAAGGAAACAGAAUGUGCCGUGCUCUCUGAUCCGCGCAACGCGGCCAUGAUAGUUCGGCUGCACUUCCAUGAUUGCUUUGUUCAGGGAUGCGAUGCAUCAAAUUUGCUUGAUGACACCGUCACACUUAAAGGUGAAAAGAAAGCAGCUACCAACAUCCACUCUUUGAAAGGAUUCGAAUUAAUUGAUCAGAUCAAGAACAUGGUUGAGUCCGAGUGCCCCGGAAUUGUCUCCUGCGCUGAUAUUCUUACAAUUGCAGCUAGAGAUGCUGUGAUUCUGGUAGGUGGACCAUAUUGGGAUGUUCCUGUGGGAAGGAAGGAUUCUGUGACUGCAAAUAUUGAUCUUGCAAACACAAAUCUUCCCACUCCAGAUGAAAGCCUUCUCUCUAUCAUUUCCAAAUUUCUUUAUCAAGGCCUCUCUGUCACAGAUAUGGUAGCCCUUAUAGGAGCUCACACUAUUGGCAUGGCAAGGUGUCAGAGCUUCAGAUCAAGAAUCUAUGGGGACUACGGAUUCACUUCAGUGAAGAAUCCAGUUUCAGAGAGCCAACUCAGCAACCUAAGAUCUAUGUGUCCACCAAUUGGAGGAGGAAGAACAGACAAUAACAUAUCAGCAAUGGAUUAUGUUACCCCUAACCUCUUUGACAACUCUUUCUACCAAUUGCUCCUAAAUGGUGAGGGACUUCUCAACUCAGAUCAGGAAAUGUACUCAAGUGUGUUUGGAAUCCAAACAAGGGAGCUUGUUAAGAAGUACGCGACGGAUCCUCUGGAUUUCUUCAGGCAAUUCUCUGAAUCCAUGGUGAAGAUGGGAAACAUUACGAAUUCCGAGAGCUUCGUAACGGGAGAAGUCAGGAAGAACUGCAGAUUUGUCAAUACAUGAAGCUCAGUUGUGUGUGUUUUUGUUUUUAUCCAUGCAAUGUUUUGUUUGUUUGUUUUUUCUACACAAAAAGAAGAAUCGCCUAAUUGAUGAAUGUUACUUCAGCUAUAGGCCUAUAGCAAGUUGUUAUGUCAAAUUUGAAUUGGUUUUUGUUCAAUGAGAAAAUUGAGUGGAGAGUUGAUGAUCA